UUUGAACGGGUUCAGGGUUUCUCACUACUUCUUUGGCUACUCCCAGCAGUUUUGCCUUCUAGGGCUUUAAGAAGAUGAAUGGACUGAUGGAAGAGCCAUCGGUGCUAUAUGUAAUAACAUUGGAAUGACGAAAAUACCCUUAGAAGAUAUAAAUUCUCAACGGUCGUCUUCUUUGCCUCGCUUCGCCGAAGGAGGGAGACAGAUUUCAUACCAAUGGACAUCCUAAUUCCCUACCAAUUUCGACCGUCCGGGUCAAUCCCAAUCCAGAAAACCCUCCCGUCUCUCUCAGUUAGACCUCAACACCUCCAGUUACAUGUCAAAACCAAGCACGAUCAGACAAGAUUCGCACUCCGAGCCGCCAAGACCCAACAGCCCAAUCUCCGAUGCCCAUAAGAAUCCCCCAGCCGAAGACGACGACGACGGUAUCCCGGCCGACGACGUCAGGAUGCUGGCGAAGUUCAAGUCCCGGCACAACUACAUCCGCGUCCUCGAAGUCUCCCGGCGCGCCGACCACCCGCUAGCGGGCUCCCGCCUCCUCCUCCUCGACAACCCCGGCAACAUCCACAGCAUAUCCUUCCUCUUCAAGUGCCUCACGUCCACCUAUUUCGACGUCUUCGCCACCCUCCCUCCGAUUCUCCCUCCCGGCCCCAUCGCCAUCCUCGGCUUCGGUGCCGGCUCCGCCGCCCGGCUCAUCCUCCAUCUAUACCCGGACGCCGAAAUCCAUGGAUACGAGCUCGACCCGUCGGUGAUCGCCGUCGCAAGAAAAUUCUUCAGCCUGGCAAAAUUAGAGAAGCAGAACCAAGACAGGCUCUUCAUCUAUGUGGACAACGCGCUCAACGCCGACUACGAGGGCGGCUUCGCGGGGAUCUUGGUGGAUCUCUUCUCGAAGGGGAGCGUGAUCCCGGAGCUCCAGGAUUCGAGAACUUGGAAGGAAUUGAGGAAAAGAUUGAGGAAAGGAGGGCGGAUAAUGGUGAACUGCGGGGGGAGCUGUGUGGAGGCGGAGGACCCGAAGAGAGACGGGGAGUCGGUGAAGGAGGAGACGCUUCGGGCGAUGAGCCGGAUAUUUGCCGACCAAGUGUUUGUUUUAAAUCUUGGGCAUAGGAAGGAGGAUAGCUCCGUGGCUUUGACCGGACCGCUGCCCGAUCUGGAGGCCUGGAAGGAGGCGCUGCCAGCCGCCUUGAGGUGUUAUGUUGAGAUGUGGACUCCUUCCAUGCUCCACUGUUAGGACUUUGGGAAUCAGGUCCGACUGGAUUUGCUUUGGUUUUUCAGAAUAAAAUGACGCGGUUCAAAUGUGCCAUGCUUUUUAUUAGACUUGUUGGGCUGCACCUGUACUUGCGUCUUCAUGCUCGGCCCCGAUGAAACUAGAUUCAUCAUCACCACAGAAUAUUUCACAUAUCAAGCCUCUUUACCCAUCAUCAAAAUUUAUAGAAGCUAACUGAAAUGAAGCUGCCAUUGGUUCAA